AUGUGGGCAACCCAGGUUUACUGCCGCACUGAUCAGAGAUGUAUUUGUUUGCUUUGUUUGGUGGAUGAACAUAAAAAUCACGACAUUGUAUCAGCUGCAGCAGAGAGAACUGAAAAACAGAGAUUACUGGAGGACAAGCAGAGAAAACUCCAUCAGAGAAUCCAGGAGAAAGAGAAGAAGCUUCAGGAUCUAAGAGAGUCUGUGAAGAUUCACACGAUCUCUGCACAGACAGCAGUGAAGGACACUGAGAUGAUCUUUACUCAACUGAUCAGAUCCAUUGAGAGAAGACGAUCUGAGGUGAUACAACUGAUCAGAGAUCAGGAAAAGACUGCAGUGAGUCGAGCUGAAGAACUACUGAAGAAACUGAAGCAGGAGAUUGAUGAUCUGAGGAGGAGAAAUGAUGAGAUGGAGAAACUUUCACAAACAAAAGAUCACAUCAGUUUCCUUCAGAGUUUUCAGUCUCUCUCUUCAUCUCCUGGAUCUUCAGACAACAUCACUGUCUCUUCUCGUCUCUCUUUUGAUGAUGUGAGGAAAUCUGUCACUAAACUGAAAGAAAAGUUGGAGGAUUUCUGUAAAGAAGAGAUUGAAAAGAUAUCUGAUAAAGGUAAAGAACAUCUCUAA